AUGACGGCAAAAAAGGAUAAAGACUAUAAGGGACACAAACACGGAAGUGAAUUGAGCGCAACAGCAUUAACUUCAAAACUAGACGCCCAUCUACAGAACGGCAGUACAGCGACUGGUCUCAUUACAUCUCAGGAUCCACUGAAACGAACGAAUAAACCACUCAUGGAGAAGCGAAGACGUGCACGCAUCAAUCAGAGUCUUGCUAUUCUGAAAGCUUUGAUUUUGGAAUCAACUGUCAAAACCAAAUCGGGAGACGGACAAACAAAACACUCAAAGCUGGAAAAGGCCGAUAUCCUGGAGCUUACCGUGCGGCAUUUUCAAAGACAUCGAAAUUUAGAUAAUCCGGCAGUUGAUAAGUACCGGGCAGGAUACACGGACUGUGCCAGGGAAGUGGCGAGGUAUUUGGCAACCCCCGAACCUCCACCACUGCCCAGCGUUCCGACACUCACAGAUGCCGGAUCGAAAGCUCGCUUGCUGCGUCAUCUGGAUAAUUGCAUUGCAGAAAUCGACACUGAAAUUUGUCCCAACAUUCUGCCGAAUGGAAAACCUGUUGAAGCGCCAAAAAUUGAAAACAUCUACGAGAAUCAUGGCGGGGCAAAAAAGACAAAAGACAUCAUGGAUUACAGCGGCCAGGACUCAAAUCCACUUGAUUUUAGUAAAACAAAUCGUGAAAUUGGCCGAUCACCGUUUGCUUACAGAAGCCCAUCCUCUGAUCUGGCUCUCCUAACUGCAACGCCGAAACUACUUCAUCAAGAUGAGAAUAACAACCGCGGAAGUCAUCGAACAAAAAGUUUACACUCACCUCAACAAUUAGUUCCACACCAUCUGGAGGAAGUUGCGCAUGGAUCAGAAUUGACGGCGCAACCUGGGAGUAGUUCCAACAUAUCACCAUUUUCUAGUCAUGUUUCGCUGAACAAAAUGAUCCUGUCUCAGCAGCAAAAGUUGAUCGAUGUAUCGAACUUGAAGAACUGUAGAAUGGAUUCACUGGCGAUUAAGCAAGAGCCCGGAGCUAUUCCAAACGGAUUUACGGCAAGUUCACCGGCCAUGCCAUCACCAACUCCUUCUGCUGGCCAUAUCGAAUCAGAUAAAGAAGUUUCCAAUCAUUCCGAGCAUAUUUCUGCUUUGUCGUAUCCACCACAAGUACGAAUGAACGACACCCAAAUGGCUCUAUUGAUACCAGACCACUAUAUUCAACUAGCGACGGCACUUGGAUUGAAUACUCAACCUGUCCUGGAGCACCCGAGCUCGCACCCUGCCACAGAUUUCGAGACACUAAUCGAACAGAAUAGACGGCAAUCGGCAUUGCAUGAAAAAAUGACUGCUGAUAUCCUUGCUAAUCUGCACAGUCUGCCAGAAAAUGUCGACGAAAAUUAUUGGGAAUUGUACAAAAAAUCACUCGGAAUUCCGGAUUCCAUUAGCAAGAUGACGUUGGAAGAUGUUCGCGCACUAAUGGCAAGAGCAGCUCCGAAAGCUCCAUCUCCACAAGUUGUUAGCAAAAUGGAAGUCGAUGAACCGAUUGAUGAGAAACCCACUUUGACGACCGAAGUCGAUGAACCAGAAAAUGACUCCUCUAAUCACAGUGUCAAGAGAGAGCUAAACCCAUCUAGUCCUGUUGCAUCAUCGUCGCGUGAUUGUACAGAGGAGAAACCCGGAGAUGAUUUGGAUGCUGCGGCUGCAGCAGGGAGCUCAUAUGAAAAUAUUUCCUCAAAUGAGGGAACUUCACACGAGCACCAUAACGAUGGUUCCAGCGAUGACAGCAUGUGGCGACCAUGGUAG